CUUUGCGAAACCCGAACCUGGAACCACCUGCAUCCAAGUGAUUGCAGACCCGCCUGUAGGGACCUGGGUCCAAUCGUCAAGUCCUCAGGUGAUGUGGAGAGAUGAGCGGAACAAGUGACGUGCACCUUCAAGAGCCAGUGACUGUCUUUGCCGCUCGACUGCCACUGAGGGCCACGACUACGGGGAGCCCACAGGUACGUACUUGUAGGAGAUUUGGGACAGACUGGGUUGCCCCUUCUGUUUUCCAUUGGCCUUUAUUUGAGCGCGGCGCCAUCUCUGAUCCAUCUUUCUCGACGGCGGUGAAUGACUUUAGUCUUGAACAUCAAACUACCUGGAAAAUUCUCACAACUAGACUCAUUUUUGCCUCGUUGUUUUAGCUUCUUGCUUCUCUAAUCUAUACUCAACUUCCCAUUUUGUCUAUACCCCCAAACUCUUUCACCAUGUUCAAGUGGGCGCAAGCGGCGUUGGCCAAUGUCGCCGGCACCAAGGAGCCUAUCUACGGCCCCGAGGCUAUCAAGUCUGUCGCCGAGGAGGCCAAGACGACUCCCUAUACCGAGACCACCAAGAAUGACCUGAAAUGGCAGGCCAUGGAGUCUACUUGCGUCGAGACGCAGUGCUUCUACUUCAUGACGGACAGCGGCCAGCUCGCCUUUGCCCAGGUCAUCUACUCUAACGUUGCUGGCAUCCGCACGACUUGCCAGUUCAACUCCAAGGUCUUCUCUCUGGAUGGAUCCAAGCCCCACCUCUGGUGCUCUACGCCCCUCAACAACCACGAGUUCAGCGAGGACAAGACCAGCUUCUACGCCACCGAUUGCGCCGUCGAGCUUUCGGAAGAUGGAAACUCGUACACAAUCAAGUCGUUGAACGAUGAAAGGUCGAUCGUCAACGUGACCAUCAAGAAGACAGCGCCUGGCUUCAAGGUUGGCACCUCCGGCACAACACUGUUCGGCACCGACCCUGCCAACCCUUGGGGUUCCAUGCGCCACGUUUUCUGGCCUAGGUGUGUCGCCGAGGGCACGAUUGCCACUCCGGAUGGUCCCGUCAACUGCAAGGGACGCGCCAUGUUCGUCCACGCUCUCCAGGGCAUGAAGCCUCACCACGCCGCGGCCAAGUGGAACUUUUGCGACUUCCAGGGCCCCAACUACUCUGCUGUCCUGAUGCAGUACACGACUCCCCCUUCUUACGGAUCGACGGUUGUGAACGUCGGCGGUAUCGUCAAGGAUAAUGAGAUCAUCUUUGCCGGCGCCGAGGGUGCGGUUACGCACGUUGCGAUCAAGGGCGACACGGAGAACGACUGGCCCGAGCCGACCGCUAUCAAGUUUGAGUGGAAGGGUGCUACCAAGGACGGCAAGCAGGCCGAUGCUGUUCUAGAGGGCGAGCUCGAGGAUAAGCUCGACAGGAUAGACGUCAUGGCUGAGGUGCCGGGAUUCGUCAAGCAGAUCGUCGCGGGUGCUGUUGGCACAAAGCCGUACAUCUACCAGUACGCGCCACAAAAGAAGAAGCUCACUCUCAAGCUCAAGAUUGGGGAGGAAGAAAUUUCGGAGGAGGGCUACCUGUUCAGCGAGGCCACCUUCAUUUCCGCAUAAAUCUGAUUUGACGAUGAAGAAGUAAUGAGGGGUUUUCUGGGUAACGCGCCAUAUUCAAUGAGGGCUGGUAUCAUGAUUUGGAGUUGUUGAGAGAUGCCGAUAGAGGUGCUUGGUCAACUCGUUGGACUGUUUGUCUCCUGCAUACUGUUUACAAGGACUCGAUAAUGUCUCGGUCUGGACAAGGAGCCCGCUUUGCAUAGUGGAUCUGAUAUAACAUAACAAGGCUCCUUGAAGGGCCAGCUAAUUUAAUAAACUUGGAUUGUUUUCCUGUG